CGAAACGGAACGCGAACAACUCACGUCUUUUUUGUCGCGGCUUACCGAGUUUUUUCUGCGCCGAGGCGGACCUUUUUUGAUAGAUUAUUCAUUGUUGGAUGUUGCGAAGAACAAGAUUCCAAGGCCCAGCCAGGCCACCAACAACACCAGAAGAAGUUCUUCUUCUUGCUUGAAUAUACGAUAGUAUAACGACCAGAACAAAGUAGCGAAGGCCAGUUACAUACUUACAAGCCAAGUGGUCAAUUCCUUAUCCUUUCCAGAUAGAAAAAGACUCUGCUGCUCCACGAAGGUCACACUUCUAGUCACUGCUGGGGCAGCUGUCCUCCUGACCGCGCCAUGAUACGGGCGACGGUUGCUGCGGAGGUCACAAUGCUGCCAUUAAAAGCUGUACUUCGCUGCGUCACGUGACGCGACGCCCCAGCUGCGAACGGGCUGCUGCUGGCAAGAACAGGUCGUGCCCUACUUGAGGCGGCGCAGCGGGUAGUUGUUGUGCCCGCUUUCUGGGUGGCGCUAUGGUUGCAACUGCGCCAGACCCUGGCGGCUCGGGACGGUUCUCCGUCACCUCCGCUGCAGAAACUUCCACAACGGACCGGCUGGGCAAAUACAUGAAGGAGCUGUAAUUCAUUGAUUUCUACUCGAGUUGUUGAGUAUGUUAGACAACUGUUGUUUCAAUUUGAAUGAUGAUGCAGGUCCGUUGCACACGUACGCGACGAGACUCAUUAUUUCAGAACGGUGCGGAAGGAUGUGGAUGGAACCAAAAUGAAGUUCGAACCGAAUGACGAAAAAACAAAAAUUCAAAUUGCAAUUCAUAAAAACUGCUCAGCAACCGUGAAGAUGCUCGAGUAGAGAAGGAAUUGGCGGAGCACUACGCUGAAGCGUUAGAGCUCCUGGGCAUGAGCGGCGAAAACAGCGACUUCAGCCAAAAUAUCGUCAACAUUCUCAUGGCUUCGAAGAGCAAUCAACCGAAUAUCGCCGGCGUAAUUCCGAACACACCUGGUGGCGAAUCAAAGACAUCGAUGACGUAGUUCGUAUUCUAUCUUUUUUCAACAUGCAACAGAACCAUGAUCCAAAGUUUGAAAUAUGAGCGAAAAUGAUGUUUUUCUGUGGUUCCGAUAAAACCCGUCGCUCUCGUGAUCAUGAUGACACUUCUCACGACCCUAGUUGCGGUAGUUCGUCUGCUGUGUUAGUAACACGGAAGACGUCCUCGCAGUGUGGGCAGAAAAAAUACAUUUAAAGUUUGUCUGAUAUAAGAAUAAAACAAGCACAGUGUAGUUGUCGGAUCCCCAAACAAAGUUUCCUUUUUAUUGCGUAUGAAAUAAAUCGCAAAAAUUUCACGCGUCCCCAUCGCAAAAUCUCUUCUCGUCCAGGUUUCACGACGAGCACCACAGCUCCUCGUCCGGUCGUAUUAGUUUUAUUGACGAGGGUAUUGUCGAGAAUCUGAUCAAGACGAUUGCGGAGACAAGCGACAGCGCCGAGGUGCUGUGCAGCAAGGUGCGCCAGAUGGACGUCAUGAGCGCACGGAUACAGAAGACGCUCGAACUGGUGUCCGAAUUGUUGCAGGUCCGCGAGUGCGCGGAGACGGUUCACGGCGCGAUCCAGCGCCGGGAUUUCGAGGCGGCCGCGAAAAGCGUGGCGAAGUACAAGCAGGCCGUGCUGAACAAGCAGGCGGACCAGCCGGACAGCAUCGCGACGCUGCUCGACGAAUCCAGUAUUUCCAAACUGGAGGACGCGCGGAAAAAGCUGUCGGCCAUUGUCAACCAGGAGUUCGAGAACGCGAUCAAGAAUAAGGACCAGCAGAGCGUCGCGCGGUUUGCAAAACUCUUUUACCCGCUGGGCCUCGCGGAGUCCGCGGUGGUGACGUAUAUCCAAUUCAUUCGCGAGCGCAUCAGGGAGACUGCGCAGGCCUCGUAUGGGAUUCUCAAAUGUUACAUUCUCAACUGUUACAUGAAUUUGUCAUGCAAGAACAGCAAAAGUGAACGCGGGAAGAUUGCGCGCUUUGCAUUACAAAUUUGGAGCAGAUCCAGGUGGUGUUUAGCCCUUCGAGAAUUUGUCAUGCGAAGCACCUUGAUCGUGUGGCGGCUUGAGCUUGUGGUCAUUUUGCAUGACAAAUCAUGUAACAGUUGAGAAUGUAACGUUUGAGAACCCCAUACCUCGAUCCAGAAGCUUCGCCGCAUGAAUUUCUCGAAGGCCGUAUUACAGUGAAAGGUGCCCCCCACCCCCAAAGUUGCAAAAAUUUGUGAUGCGAGGUUUCCAAAUGAAACCUUUUUGUCAUGCAUGAAAGGAAUAUGAAUCUUUCUGAUGCAGAUUCUAGUGUUGUUUCGCAUCGCGUGCAUGACGAGCACCGCUCUUGCUGGGAUCUUUUGCAAUACAAAUUUUUGCUAUUCACAAUCGGAAAUCUGUGAUGCUGAUACAUGCAAGAGGGCGAAUGUUUCAUUUGGAAAGGUUUGCAAUGCAAAUGCUUUCAAGUUCGGGGGUGGGGGCAUUUUUCAUUGUAAUAGGCCGUUGCGAGCAAGGACCAAGCAAUGCCCGCGUACGCGGACGCUUUGUGGUCCAUUUUUGCCCACAUCUCGGACAUCCUCCAACACAACAAGGAGAACCUGGAAACCGAGUUUGGGGUCGAAAAUUACGUGCAGUUCUUGAAGGGCAUUUAUGCCGAAGUCAGUGUGCAACAGACGAAGAUUCUGAAUCUGUUCAAGGAACAGGAAUACCUGAAAUUCUUGCCAUCUACGUCCGGCGGAGGUUCUGCGGGUGGCGGCACCUCCGCAGCGUCGCAGCCAACAACGAAGCUGAUGCCGGGCGGUAUCCGGAUGCCCACGAUGAUGAGUACUAGUGCCAGCUCCUUAUCGGGAGGUGUCGGUGGGGGCAGUAGUAGCUCCUCGUCUUCUGCAAUAAAAACACAGAAGGACAAAAUUAGGACGAUUCUGGUGCAAAUGCAGUACUUGCUGCAAAAAUCCGAGACUUUUGAUUGCUUCAUCCGCCGUCUCAUCGCCGACGCGCACAGUAGCUUUUUGUCCAGCGAAAAGGACAUUGAAGCCAUUACGCACUCCAUCGUGGGCGAAGCGGAAGCGACGAAGGCGGCGCAGGACCUGGUAGCGCACUACGUGUUGUUGCAAAAAGAGCUCCUGCUCACGGAGAUCCAGACCGCCGUCGAAUCGGAUGAAAUCGACACCGAAGAUACGGAUCCUGGGCCCAGCAGUCUCGUCGACGAUGUCUUUUUCGUCCUGAAAACAAGCAUCGAAAGCUCCAUGGAAACGUAUACUUUUUGGAAUUCUUCACCUAUCAUAGAAUUCGAAUUGUCUUUUGGCAGGCUUGCAUUCGGACGAAGACCAAGACGCACCAACGAUUUGAGUAAACAGUUCCACCUGGAGGUCUGCGUCUGCACAAUUUCGUUUUCGUGAUAUUGGAAAAUAAAUUACACACACUCACAGCUGCAAUCUUGUUGCCGUUUGCUGUCUGAUUAACGAGGUGGGCGCGACGUUGUCCAAGGAGGGUCCGGUGUAUCAAAGUAUCGAAAAGUCGGUCCGUGAAGCGUUACCACCCUACCGAGCCUUCGUGAGUGACUUGAAGCACCUUACGGACGGGAACGAGAACGACGAGGAGCACGCGUUGGCAAAGUUCUACGAGCACUUGCUCCAGCAGGGCGGUGAGGGGAAGAAGACGGUGACCAGUAGCGAUUCGUGGCCGCACGCGGCAAACAACGCCUACAAGUGCCAGGAAUACCUGGAGCGGCUGAUAGAAUCGGCCAGACACGACUUCACCUCGAAGACCGAUGAGCAGGGAGAGUUGCUGUUUCCGGAAGACCUGGAGCCGGAGAAGAAAGUCAUGUUUGACCACUGUUUGCAGAACUUGCAGCUGGUGAAAGGUGAUUUCCAGGCCCUCUGCGUCCACAUUCCAAUAGCCGCGGGUCCAGCAAUCGUCACAAACAGAGGGCAGGAGAGGUAAAUAAAUGGCUUUAUUGUUCAUCAUGUUGGUCAGCAACUCCACGUCCAUCGAGAUCGAACUCGUACAUUAGGCGGGUGGCUUUCUUUUGGCUACUGUCUUGCCUUUGGUCGUGCUUUUUUUGUUUAUUUUCGGUGUUGUGGUUGACUAUGCCUAUUGCCGGUGCCGCUGACGCGGGCUCCUCGGGCAAAAGAAAAUCAACAACCUUUUGCGCACGACAGGCGGUCGAUUCCCGGCAUUCCGCGGAACACGGUUAAUGCGCUGAAGCACCAUUUGAUCCCCUCGCUGCAGCCCUUCGAGGAGAAUUCCUUCAACAUUUCGGAGCAGGAGUUUCAGGACUGGCAGGUGAACGACCUGUUCGUGCAGGGCUUCAUCCUGAACAUCUCCACCCUGCAUCUGCAUCUCACCAAGUGCUACCUCCCCGAGGUGGUGGACGCGAUUCUGGACCAGCUGAUUGACCAAACCUGCAACCGCCUGGCCACCAAUGUCGCGCGGAAGGACCGGAUUUCCCUCUACGGCGGCCUGCAGUUCGACCAGGACGUGCGGGCGCUGAUGAACUAUUUCCUCAGCAUCAAGGCGCCCAACGUGCGGAAGAAAUUCAAACGGCUGACGCAAAUCUCGUCCCUGCUGUCGUUAGAAAACGCCCGCGAACUCAAGGACUUCUUCAGCCAGCAAAAAUGGGAGCUGAAAAACUCGGAGAUCCGUCUCUUUCUAUGCUUGCGAUUCCCCGAGGCUGAGGUGGACCGCGACACGCAGUUUUUGCGAGCGUAGGAAAUCGUCAAUGGGGGUGGUCGUGCAUCGGAGAGGAUAGAUGAACAACUGUGAUCGUACUAUGUACGAUUCAUUUUAUUACGGCGGAGAAACAGGACAGACUUAUGUGGUCGAAGCAUCUGCCCAAGGCAACUUGAUGUCGCCGACUUGUCGCUCCUUGGGCCGUCCUUUGGUCUGGCUUUUCCAAGAAGAAGAACAAAAUGUCGGGGAGGACUGCGCGUCUCGUGCUUGCUGCUUCGACGUCUACGUCAUCUCGCGCUCCAUGUUGAUGAACGACUAAUGAUGAUAGAUAAGUAACUGUAACCAUACCAUAUUAUCAAUUUCAAGCGAAAUCGUACAUGUUCUUGUGUGCGUGUGCUGAACGAAGAUGAAGAAGAAAAAUGAAAUGAAUUCCUCCAAUUUGAGGUGAUGUUGGUUCUUCUACUGCUACACCCCCACAAGAUACAGAAAAUAGCGACGACCGAUCAACAAGCAAUAUGAAGAAAUUAUAGAGGGACAAACACGUCGUGGCAUCGCGUGAUGGCGAUGAACAUAAAAGCGCAGUGAAGACGCUACUUGUGUGGCGCUAAAGAAAAAA